AUGUCCUCAAGUAUCCUCUAUCUCCCCUUUCGCAAGUCGGCCCAGCUCUCGCUUGCUUCGACGAUACGGCAGUAUAUCAACACCAAAUAUGACCAGCACCCGGAUAUGUUCAAGCAUGACCUCGAGGUCAUUGAUGCACUUCGUCGCGAUGCUGUAAACGUCAGAGAACCGCACCCGAGUGGUAUUAAGAAGCUACAGGCAUACGCUGGCCAGCUCGUUUGGGUUGGCGGCAAAUUUCCCAUAGAUAUUGGCGCUGAGUUCUCAUGGUAUCCCGCCCUCGGCUACAACACGGAACGUCCGAUGGUGCGCAAUAACCUCAAGUACGAGCUGAUGAAUGUUCUCUACAACCUCGCAUCCCUUUACUCCCAGCUUGCCAUACACGCCCCACGAGGCAACACCGAAGGCCUUAAAUCUGCCGCCAACUACUUCUCCCUAGCCGCUGGAGUCCUCACCCAUAUGCAAAAAGAGAUCCUACCUGAACUGCGAAUGUCCGACCCACCCGAAGACAUGGACCACGACACGCUCGAGUCCUUGACCCAGCUGCUACUUGCACAGAGUCAAGAAUGCUUCUGGCAAAAGGCUGUUAUGGACGGCUACAAGGAUGCAUCGAUCGCCAAGCUUGCCGCUCGAGUCUCUGACCUGUACAAUUUCGCCGGCGAAGCUGCGACGAAGAGCGAAGCCAUCAGCAGUGCCUGGAUUCACCACAUGAGCGCCAAGCAUCACCACUUUGCUGCCGCCGCCCAGUAUCGAGCUGCAUGCGAUUGCCUCGAGAAGAGGAGAUAUGGAGAGGAAGUUGCACGGCUUAGAGAUGCUGUGGCUUGCGCGACAGAGGGCAUUAAGGAAGCUCGUAGUGGUUACCUUGGCAAGGUAGUGGUCGAUGACCUCAAUGGGCUGAAGCGCAAGGUUGAGGAGGACCUGAAGCGGGCAGAAAAAGAUAACGAUGUUAUCUACCUAAUCGCCGUGCCGCCAAAGUCGGAACUCAAGAUUCUCGAUCGCGCCAAUAUGGCUGUGGCUCGUGUGCCGCCCCAAGUCGGAAACCCUUACGAUUACUUCGGCGACCGCGCUGAAUUUGGACCGGCUUUGUUCUCUCGGCUUGUUCCUUUCUCCGUACACGUUGCUACUUCGAUUUACGAGGAACGACGAGAUCGUAUGGUCAGCCAGAAUAUUAUCCAAGAGCUCGAGUCGCUUACGGAAAAGCUUCACGACCUUUUGGCGUCGCUUGGACUGCCUGGAUCCCUACAAGCCCUCGAGAAGCCACUAGGUCUUCCUCCCAGCUUGGUACAACAUGCCGAGGAAAUUAGGCAAGCAGAUGCCAUUGGCAAAGUGCAAAAGAGUUUCGCCGAUAUCGACAAACUGCGGCUAGGAGACAUGGCGAUCUUUGAGGAGGGAAAAUCAGCUUUGGCUUCAGAGGAAGAGGAGGAUCAUAGAUUACGGAUGAGAUACGGGACAGAUCGGUGGUCGCGACCUGAGAGCAAGCAGGAUCCCCAAGGUCAGAAGCUUUGGCAGCAUGCGUCAGAAAUCGAAAGCUACUUCCAAAGCAGUGUCAGCAGUGAUGCCGUUGUGAGGGAGAAGUUUGGUACAAUCCAGGAUCUGCUUGCCAUUCUGUCAGGACCUGAUCGGGAUCUGAUGGAUUCCGUACCCUCGAGCCGACGGGUAGACAUCCCCGAAACGUUGAAGCCUGUCAUAGGAAGACUGCGCGGCGCUUACAACGAUGUACUUCGCCUCGAAAGUCGUCGUCGCAAGAAGGUUGAGAGUCUGCGAGAAAACGCGCGACGCGAUGAUAUCAAGCCUGAUAUUCUUAAAGAAGCUGCCCGACUAGAGCGAACAUAUCCCAACACAGCGCUUGUGCCGGCUCAUUUUGAGGAGUUCUUUGACAAGCGCCUGGACAAGCUCUACGAGCCCGAGGUAGAGGCAAUUGAGAAAGAGGCACAGGAUCAAGAGCGUCUUCUGACGGAUGUGCAACGGAUCAAUCGCGAGUUUGAGUCUCAGAAACGGCAAAUGGGCGAACGCGGUAACCGAGAGCGUGAGGUCGCUUUGCAGAAGCUGGAUAACGCCUACUUCAAGUACAAGGAGAUCGUCAACAAUCUUGAGGUUGGAAGAAAGUUUUACAACGAUCUGAACAAGAUUGUUGGCCAAGGUUUCCGUGAUGUGGUUCGAGGUUGGGUAGCCCAACGUCGCAUGGAGGCGAGGGCACUGGAAGAGGAAAUCAGCAUGCCAACAUUGUCAAAUCUCAACAUCUCUCACCAGCAAUCUCAAGCUCAGAGUCCAAUGCCGUCACACCAGGAGCCUGCACAUUCCUAUGCUCCGCCGCAGCAGCCCCCUCAACCGGUACAGAGCCCAGCACAGGCGAAUAUACAGUCAUGGGGAGAAUCAGUUCAGCAGCCCCGACCAGUACAGCCUCAGCAAGCCCCAAUGUGGAACCCAGGUAUGGGCAUCAAGUUUGGUCAAUCAUCUGGCGGUUCGGGCCAACCUCCUGCCCCUGGCACGUGGAAUCCUAACGCUGGAAUCAAGUUUGGCUGA